AUGUUUGAACGCGGCGCAGCGGAUCGUUAUCGUCUUCGAAUGCACCGGGCUCGCACGGUGGCCCUGACGUCGGACGAAAUCGUCGAGGUGCGAGCGGCCCAACGGACCUUCGAAGGGGCCUACGUGCGCACGGCGCUGUCGCAGUUCUCCUUCGCCCUGGUCGUGCUGAAGAUCUUCACGAGCGAAUUCUACAGCACCGGUGCCUUGUUCGCCAUCUACGGUACCGGGAUCCUUGUUAUUGGUCUCUUCCGCCGCCAGCAGGGCAAUCGACAGUUCUUCUCCGAGGUGGGCGAGGACGGGGUGCAUCGACAUAAGUUUAGGACCAGUGGGAAUGCGGUGAUCGUCUUGACUGCGCUCAGUGUCGCGGCUUAUGCGACGCUUAUUGGACUCACCGUGCGAUUACAACAUUGA